GGCCAAUGAGUUCCAACGUUAACGAGUGCACUUACUGUCUUCAAAAAGUUAAAGGCGUAUACUUUAAAUGCUCCGAAUGCCCCAGAAUACUACUGUGCUUGCUCUGCUAUUGCAGUGGUGCUGAGGCUGGAACCCAUAAGAAAAUUCAUGGUUACUCCAUCGAGACGACUGCCCAGGGCGUUACCUGGUCUAUUUUUGGGGGCUGGACCGCGGACGAAGAGCGCCACUUACUUGAUGCACUGGAGCAUUAUGGGGUUGGGAAUUGGGAAGAUGCUUCGCUGAAGGUUGAAACCCGGAGCCCAACCGAAUGCAUGCAGCAUUACUGUGACUACUACUUGAACAGUAUCUUGGGUCGCGAUUUGAAAGGUGACGAUCACACCUCUAGAGUCACCGACCACACGAAUCAAUCUCUACACCUUUCACCAUCAUUUCUUCAAACCUCUCCUACAGUUGAUGUGGAAAUCGAAGAUCAACAGCUUCUCGGAUACAUGCCAGCUCGUGGUGACUUUGAGAGAGAUUACGACAACGACGCUGAAAGUAUUUUGUGUCGCUUGUAUCCGAGUUUUUCCCAUGAUGACCUCGAAGAUGCUUUAAAGGUUGCUCAAGUUGGCAUUUACAUGCAGCGACUUCGCGAGCGUCAGCGUCGUAAAGAAAUAUCUCGAGAACAUGGACUUAUCGCUCAAAUUCUGGCCUUUAUUCUCAACAAACGAAUCAAGAAACGGGCACCUUGGAGGGGCUGUGUUGGAGCUACUCCGAAGACACAUGUGAAGCGGCGCGGUCGUCCUCCCCUCCGACGAUCCUUUCCCUUGGAGAAGUUGACCGGCCAGAAAGACACUCCUAUAAAGAGGUCAUCUAUAGAGUCCAACGUGUUUUCCUCAGAGUACGGAUCUCAGAACCCGCCCCCAGGCAGUUGGCUCGCUGCGCCGUUUGUGUUGAAAUCUUCCGGAGCCAGUCGCGGCACCCCCAUUGUCGCCAGCGGUCUAUCCGUCAACGCGAAUGCAUCUGCGAACGUGACUCACACGGCAACUGCCAAGUGGUCUACCGAUACUUGCAACGCCACGACAAAAGAGAAGCAUGGCGCAGUGGAAAACCACACGUCUUUGUGUUUAAACGACAAACUCAAACCAUUUCUCCGCUAUUUCACUGGACCUCAGGGGAAACACUUCAUGGACAGUCUAUUUCGUGAAGAACAGCUUAAACACGAAAUAAAAUAUCUUUUGGAUUAUCGCUCCAAAGGGAAGGGGAGACUUAACGGCACAAAGCCUAAAAUUCCUCCCUUCAAGAGCUCCGUGUACACAGGUCCUCCGAAGCCUCUGCCUGACCUUAACACAAUCGCGCCAACUCGGCCGUCGAACUGGAAACCUCGAAAGAGGCGUCGAGCUCUUACCACCCCGUGGUACGUCAAAGUACAGCGUAGGGCCAGACAAUCUCGGCGUUAACUUUUCCCCUUCUCUUCAUCCUCCUUGCCAUCUCCAUCGAUUUUACGAUCUAUCACUGUUAUCUAGAUUCCCCCUCUAUUUACCACGCAUUUAACUGAGCUUCCCCGUCGUCACUUCCUGUCGGCUGUUUUUUUGAUGAUAUCCCGAUCCGCUUCCUUUGAUGUGCGUUUUUGCGCAAUUAUUCCCCCUAUAUUCUUUGGUUAAAACCUUGAGAUUACACUCCUUUCCUAUGGAGCAAGAAAUACAGCGCGCUGCAUCGUUCUACUCAUUGCAUAUGCUCUCUCUUGCAGGCUGAUUUGCAAUUUCCUUUACACCCGUCUCUUUCUCGCUGCGCAAGUGAUGGUGUUUAU